UAUAAACAAAAUUUACUUAGUUGACAAAUCCACUGUCUGAGACCGCUCUCCAAGUUAGCAGUGUUGUUUUUGUAGCGUAUCUGCAGCUAGUGAUUACACUCGAGCCCAUAGAGGAAUAUAGGUACCUGCUUUAACUAUAACGUCAGUGAGAGGUUGUGUUCUUUAGCUGCAGUUACUUUUUUUAAAGCCGCUCACACUUGCUCUGGGGGGCGGAGUGUCUGCAAAGUGCUGCGCCGAUUGGGGCGCUCGAUCGGGGGAAGAGAGAUGGCGUGCUUGUUGGAGGCCCCUCUCCGCAUCAGUGUGCUGUCUGAAGUCACUGCCACUAGUCGACAUUAUGUUGACAGACUGUUCGACCCCGACCCACAGAAAGUGCUGCAAGGAGUCAUUGACAUGAAGAAUGCUGUCAUAGGAAACAACAAGCAGAAGGCCAAUCUGAUUGUCCUCGGAGCUGUGCCAAGGUUACUUUACCUGCUCCAGCAGAGCUCGUCCAGUCUGGAGCUACGGACAGAGUGUUCCGUGGUGCUGGGCAGCCUGGCCAUGGGCACAGAGAAUAACAUCAAGUCCCUGGUGGACUGUCACAUCAUCCCUGCCCUUCUUCAAGGUCUCCUUUGUCCGGACCUGAUCUUCAUUGAAGCUUGUCUUCGAUGUCUCCGAACGGUCUUCAUAAGUCCAGUCACCCCUGUGCAGCUGCUCUAUACUGACGCCACUGUGAUUCCUCAUCUAAUGUCUCUACUGAGCCGCUCACAGAGAACCCAGGAGUACAUCACACAGAUCUUCUCCCACUGUUGUAAGACCCCAGAGCACCAAACGGUUCUUUUCAACCACGGCGCCAUCCAGAACAUUGCCCCUCUGCUUAUCUCACCCUCUUACAAGGUCCGGAUGCAGGCGCUAAAGUGUUUCUCAGUCCUGGCCUACGAGAACACUCAGGUCUCCAUGACACUGGUUAAUGUGCUGGUGGAUGGUGAGCUGCUCUCUCAGGUAUUUGUCAGAAUGAUGCAAAGGGAUCAACCCGUUGAAAUGCAGCUAACAGCAGCCAAAUGUCUAACAUACAUGUGUCGAGCUGGUGCCAUCAGGACCGACGACAGCUGCAUAGUUCUAAAGACCCUGCCAUGCCUCGUACGGAUGUGCAGUAAAGAGCAUUUGCUUGAAGAGAGGGUGGAGGGUGCAGAGACUCUGGCUUACCUGAUGGAGCCCGACGUGGAGCUGCAAAGGAUUGCAAGCACCACCGACCACCUAGUGGCCAUGCUGGCCGACUACUUCAAAUACCCAAGCUCUGUGUCUGCCAUCACUGACAUUAAGAGGCUCGACCAUGACCUGAAGCACGCACAUGAGCUGAGACAAGCUGCUUUCAAACUUUACGCCUCACUAGGUUCCAACGAUGAAGACAUUCGCAAAAAGAUCACAGAGACAGAGAACAUGAUGGACAGGAUAGUCAGUGGCCUGUCGGAAUCCAGCAUUAAAGUUCGAUUAGCAGCUGUCAGGUGUCUUCACAGUCUUUCCCGGUCGGUGCAGCAGCUGAGGACCAGCUUCCAUGACCACGCCGUAUGGAAGCCCCUCAUGAAGCUGCUGCAGAACGCCCCAGAUGAAGUCCUGGUCAUGGCCUCCUCUACACUAUGCAAUCUACUGCUGGAGUUCUCACCCAGUAAAGAGCCCAUCCUGGAGUCAGGUGUGAUUGAAUUACUAUGCAGUCUGACCCAGAGUGACAGUCCUGCCCUGAGGGUUAAUGGGAUCUGGGCCCUGAUGAACAUGGCGUUCCAGGCAGAUCAGAAGGUGAAAGGGGAAAUUGUUCGGUGUUUGGGUACAGAACAGUUGUUUCGCCUGCUGUCAGACCCCGACACCAAUGUGCUGAUGAAGACCCUCGGUUUGCUGCGUAAUCUGCUGUCAACACGCCCGCACAUUGACCAGAUCAUGAGUUCUCAUGGGAAGCAGAUCAUGCAGGCAGUGACCCUCAUCCUGGAGGCUGAGCACAGUAUAGAGGUCAAAGAACAGACCCUGUGCAUCCUAGCCAACAUCGCCGAUGGUAGUACAGCCAAGGAACUCAUUAUGACCAAUGAUGACAUGCUCCAGAAGAUCAAGUACUACAUGGGGCAUUCAAAUGUGAAACUGCAGCUUGCUGCCACCUUCUGCAUCUCAAACCUUAUCUGGAAUGAAGAGGACGGUAAGGGACAUGCCACACAGGGUCCAGGUUCAGAGAGAGGAGGGAGAGGGAUGUUCUCAGGAGCGUCAGGACAAGCUGAGGGAGAUGGGUUUUGUGGACGUCCUGCACAAACUCUCCCAGGCCUCUGACCCCAACCUCAGUGACAGGGCGAAGACGGCGAUGCAGCAAUACCUAGCAUGACUACAGAGGAGAGAGAUCCCCUACUGCCAGCCUAACAAUCAUCGGGAGGACAGCUAAUUCUUUUGUUUCUUGUUUUGUUGCACAAAGACACCUUUUUUGGACCUGUGGCUCACCUCCCACCCACCACCCAAGACCACCACCUCAACCACGCCUCAACGGUUUUGCUCUCUUCAAACCUCAUUGUGGAGACUCUGAGAAUGUGGUUGUUGGAUAAUCAGUGGUUAGGAGGGGUUCUCUUUUGAUUUUUUUUUUUUUUUUUUUUUCCUUUUGGGACUUUGUGGUUUGUGAGCUUUUUUUUUCUUUUAGGGUGCAGCAGCCUGACAGGAGCGUCACCUUUUGGUCCUUUUGGACUCAAGAUAGCGAACAUUCUGGUCUCAGAAAACUGGACUGCAGGGUUUGACCUCAAGAGCAAGGCUGCUGCUUCCCAGUUUUAUUUUUAAAAUUUAUAAUUAAUAUUACUGUUAAUAUUAAUGUUUCCUUUAAAGUAUCACAAGCAAAGGAUGCAUUUGCAAAAACACAGACUGCCUAUUUUGAAAUUUUGGGUGUUUUCUUUUUUGUGGAUACAUACCUCGUAAAUAUAUAAAUAUAUAUAAAUAUAAACAUAAAUAUAUAUUUUUGGAUUUUUAUUUUCCCCUCUGUUUUCACUCAUUCUCUCUGAACCAUGGUUCUUGGCACAGUUGGGUGAAUCCACUGCAGUCUGAUUCAAGUAUGUGUCUGACUUUGAACAUGGUUUGUAGAGCAGAAUAAGGAAAAGAAAUAGAAUUUUUUUUUUCUUCACUUUUGUGGUUCUGCGUGCACUGGAGCCUGUCACUUCUGUCCAAUAUCCUUAUGAUCCCAAUGGGAAAUGUAGUUCCAGAGUGCUUACUCUGACAUACCCAGUUACUAAUUAACAGGCAUGAGUACACAGAACUCCAGAGAUGAGAGGACGCAGUUUAUCCUCACAGCUCUAUUGAGUUGUUAUAGAGUUUACUGUUGCUGUUUAUGCAUUCUCUGCAGUCCCUUCCUCUGUGUGCAUUUGUCAGAAGAGGCAAAUGAAAGCACGUGGGUUUCUUUCCUUUGUGUUUUAAGAAGCGAGCAAGGACAGAGUAGAUGUAAGGAAUAAAGGAAGAACAAUUUGAGACUGUCCCCUGGAGGAUACUGCACCAAGUGCAUACGCAGCAGCAGAAAUGAAGUGCUACAUGGUUUCUUUCCUCUACCAUAAUUUCUUCUCCCAUCAGGAUAUUUCUAGAGUGUUGUGUCCCUGACAUUUCAAUCUUUACUUAAACUCUGAUAGAAUGAAUGUUACCAUUGAAAAUAUAUGCAGACCUGAAGAAGGA